AUGCUUGGUGCCGUCUUUGCCGGUGCCUUUGCGUUCAACAUGGGCUACGACACUGUCAUGAACAAGGUCUGGGACCACCACAACCGGGGGCGCCAAUGGAAGGACAUCCGCCACAAGUACGCCGAGUCUGAGGACGACGAGUAA